AGUUGUCGGUACCCCGCUCCCAGUACUACAACUCACAAUUCGAGUGACAUCGUUGCGUAGAUCGAGAUUUUCUUUACUUUUGCUACUUCUUUGACACCAUCACCGCAGAUUAGCUAACAAAAUACUAGUCUUUGUUUUUAUCUUAUUAUUUCCCUUAUUUCCACUGAUUCCAUACUGUUGUGUCCAUACUACUGUUUCCUAUUUCCUGUACUGCAUUGUUUCCAUACUACACUGUCAUGCUCAUACCGUGUUUCUAUACUGCUUAGAUCUUUGACAUCUGACAUCUACUUGCACAGGUUGACUGGCACCCCUGGGCGGGUAUCCCUCAGGCAUUAAAGAUGACCUAUGUCGCUGCGUGGCAUGCCUCCACCAUGCGAAUUCUGUUUGAGGACCCUUUCGGCAGGGCAUAUUACUUGGGAGAGAGGUUCAUCCGGUAGACACGAGGCAUCGUUGACCCUGACAUUCCGCAUCAUCCUCCUCCGGCAUGAGGGUAGUCGAUGAUCUCCAUGACGAACCCCAAGUUGACUUCCUUAUGUUGGGAGAGAAUGAUGACCGACACCACGAGCUCGGUGAGUUCAUCACAUUCUCACAAACCUAGGUGAUGGCGCCUCUUACCCAGGGCGUUGCUCGCAUCAUUCCAGAGGCUGCUGCUGUCGCUGCUAGAGGUGUUCCUGCCGUCGUUCCCGUUCCCGGGCUUCCCGUGAUUCCGACUGAGGUUAUAUACAUACGACUAGAUGGGGUGCUAGAGCAGAUCCCUCUAGAGCACAUUGAGGAGAGGGAUCGCAGAUUGGUGAUUGCUCCUAGCAUCGAGCAGGUAUCCGUGGUGUAUACUGAUGACCUUCUCCGGACGAUCGACCGACUGCUCAUGAUGGUACGGAGGAGGCAGACUGCUCUGGCCACCCAUGGGAUUGAGCUCAAGCCGGCGGCAACUGCACCUGCAAGGCCUCUUCCGGCUGGAAGAAGGCAGAGACGAGAUGCGGUAAGAGGCAGAAGACAGGCUGACCGGGGCAGAGGCCAAGCGAGGCAACGCUCACCUUCUAAGAAGUCUUUUGUUGAGUACAUGACCUCCGAGGAGGAGGGGAAAGAGGCUAACGUGCGAUCCAGUAGUUCUAGUGACGAUAGUGACGCCCUUCCUUCAUAGCCGAGGAGGAAGAGAGCAAGGACGGAGUGAUGAUUGGCUCUUUUGCCUUUUCUUUUGCUUUGUAGUUAGACUCUCUAUUUUUGUUUUUGAAGACUUUUCUUUUGUUUUUGGUUUGUAAAAACAAUGAUCGGGAUUGGACCCGCU